CCACUUGGGUUUUCUAAUUAUUCUAUUUCAAGUAUUUUUGGAUCUAAAUAUACUGGAACACAAUUUAAUGAACCUACACGGAACGACAGUGAUGAUGAUGAUGGCAAAAAAAGUGAUGUAGAAGUGCCUUUUGGAACCGGUGCAAGGCUCUUAUUACAUAAACAAGAAGAAGAGGAAGAAAUUACUCGACAUACUGUUAGGGCAAAAUUAUUUCGUAUGGAUCGUGAACAUCAAUGGAAAGAACGAACGGUUGAAAUGUUAAAACUUAAUUAUCCAAAGGACUGUGAAAAAUCACUUCAAAUAA